AUGGACGGUGUUCGUGCUCCAAACCAGAUGGCGUCCAUGGGCCAUGGAGGCCCGCAGACGCAAAGCCGACCCCAUGGUCACGACCUGCGCAUCCCGACUGUCGAUGAGGCGCUCCCAUACACUCCCUUCUCGUCCAUCGUCCCCUUCAAUCCAAGUAAGUGGUUCACCUCUCAGAACGCUACAACGGGCUAUGACCUCACCACGUGAGGCUUGCUGCCUUCUCGUGACACCUUGACUAACUAACAUGUCUUCUAAAGACAUUAUCACACCACCACUAGCACUACCAAACACAACGCCAACAGCAUUCGAAAAGUCUGAAGAGAUCCAUGCCGCACGUCGCGAACUCGAACGACUCAGUGCUGGAGCGCAAAACGCCGAAGCAGCGUCCAAACGAUGCCAGCAAACCCUUAGCGACGUCCGACGGCUCCUUGAAGGCGAUGGCUUGAUGCAGUUCAAGUUCAAAAAGACCAAACGCACACUCUCAAACAACGCGAGCGCUGUUGCGAAAGAGCCGGCGUUGAGCAACUUCGCGAAGAUGGUUUACGACACGACGAGUGUGCAAUACCGAUACCUCACUCCUGAGUCGCAGGAAGGACACGAUGACGAAGACACGAUACAAGUCUCGCCGAGGAAGGUUAAAAUCGCACAACCUCAACAAGCUCCACCUGUCAAGGCUGCUGCGAAGACGCAAACUCCCGCGAAAGCCCAGCGUGCAGAAUCGCAAAUGUCUGAACCCCAUCGAACUGCCUAUGUGCAAAUACCAAGAAUGGUUUCGACACCGCAGAACGGUCAGCAAAGUACACCUCUCCAGAACCUCUCGCAGCAGCAGGCACAGCCAAAUUCGUCCCAAGGCUCGCAGAAGCUCUACGUGCAGCCGAUCGCGUUGACGCCUGCUCAAGCCGCGGAGUACAAGAGGGUGCCAGAGCCUGACUCCGCGCCUUCUCGAAAUCAGAAUGUCUAUCUCACCAAUCGAGCGAUCAGCCCGACUCAGCGGGCGAAGAGCGAUUCCGCUGUUGAGAAUCUUCAGACUGUCCUCCAGGAAAUCUUCACCGCCGAGGAUCAAAUGGAACCUGAUACUUCAGGGAAUGUCUCAAAACAUGCCGCUAAGUUCUUCAAGACCAGUGACGCUGGCGACACCUUCAUUCCUGUUCUUCGAUUCAAUGUCCAAGCUGAGCUUGACGUCGCACUCAAGAAGGUCGUCUCCCCAGGUCGUCUUGGUGACGUCGAGGUCGAGAGCUUGGCCAGAUUGCAGAGACUCUGCGAAGCUUCCUACGCAGCUGCUCGAGUCGAUGGUCUGCAGAUCGGAGACGACUGGUCUGAAGGAGAUGUUGGCGAGUGGACAACACGUAUCAAAGACGCUCAAGCUGGCCUCAUUGGGGCGUGCAGCAUGAUACGCAUCUUGACGGGAGCUGCUCAUCACAAAGAACUACAGUCUGAGGACUACGUGACCGGAGUUAUUGAUGCCAUUCGAAAUGUUGUGGAGAGGGGCAUUAUCACUGUCGUGGAAGAGCGAUCGACCGUCGGCGAGAAGAUCAGAGGCGAGAAAUCUGUCCCGCGAAACCCAAAAUUUGACAUUGCGUCCGAGAACCAAGAGACUCUUCGGCCUCUUCUGAACACCUCUCGCAUGGCGCUGUCUCUGCUCGGUAAUCUCUUAUUGAACACAGACGUCGACGAGAGCGCCAUUUCGAGCAUUGAGUAUCUUUGCAAGUCUCUGAUCUUUGCCGAGAAUGGCUCGGUGGAGAGGGAUUCUGCUCUGGGCAUUCAGCCUUUUGAGAAGGUCCGUGUCACCGCCAUGGAUGUGCUUGCGAGAAUCUUCACCAAGCACACGAGUAUGAGAGAGGGCAUCGUCAACGGCAUCCUCUUCUCUCUAGAGAAGCUUCCUGCUAGCAAGCAGAGUGCACGGCAGUUCAGACCUACCGAUGGAAAGCCCAUACAGCUGGUCUCAGCGUUGCUCAUGCGACUGAUCCAAACAAGUGCAACUCUCAAUAGCAGCGAUCUUCGUGCGAAGAAUGACGAAAGCGACGAGUCAGACCAAGUCGGCGAUUCUGAGGACGAAGACUCCGAGGAAGAUGAAUCUGACGCGUCCGAUGAGAACAUCAAAGUUGGCCGUAGAAAGAAGAAGUCCCGAUCCUCGAAAUCCCAAAAGAUUGGAGGCACCGACUUGCGCUCAGUCUACACCCCGCUGAAAGACAGCGCUCACGGCCAUGCCAACUACAUCAUUCGUAUGCUUCUUAGUCGCGCUUUGACAAGUACUAAGUCUGGGGAUGAGCCAUUCCGGAAGCUGCUGGACAUCUUUGUCGAUGAUUUCCUCAGCGUUUUGGGAUCCAGCGACUGGCCCGCCUCGGAGAUCCUUCUUCGGAACUUGGUCGGCAAACUAAUGAAUCUCGCCAACAAUCCCAAGAGCCAUGCUCCUCAUCGAACUCUGUCGCUUGAGCUUCUCGGCACCAUCGGCUCCGGUAUACUUGAUUUGCAAUCCAUCAUUAUCAAUCCGACCAAAACCCUGGACGGCGACGACUCCAUUUCUAAUGACCUCGUUGAUCUCACGAAAGACUUCCAGAGCGACGGUCUCAGCAACCACUCAAUCACCGUUUUCAACGGACCUUACAGAGUAGUUCUGGAGUAUAUUCAUGCUCGUGGAGUCGAGCAUGACCCACAACUGCAAACUGCACGUGGCUAUCAUCUCAUGCAGUGGGCAGACUUAGUAUGCGAUACUCGCGAGGGCUCUGAGAGAGAUGACGUGAUCGUCACGCCGUCCUUCAAGAGAGAUUUGGAACCGAAGCUACGCCAUAUGAUCGAGGAUCCACAGUGGCUCGACGACAACUCGAACUUCCCUGCUCCUUCCACCUCGCAAGGAAAGCUCGCUGCAAAGAUUGUAGCUGCAGGCUCGAAGCUCUGCCGGGCAUUCAAUAAUAUAUUCAACACAGUCCUGCAAUCAAUGAGCAGUGAGCAGCCGACCGUCCGCAGUCGCAGCCUCAAGAGCGUGACUACACUGCUCGAAAAAGAUCCAUCCGUGCUGGAUCGCAACAGUCAGAUUCUGAGCCAGAUCAUGCGAUGCAUGGCGGACCCUUCGCCGCUUGUACGCGACUCUGCGCUUGGUUUGGUACAGAAAUGCGUCGCACUACGGCCGAACCUCGACCUCAAGGUGUAUGAACGUGUCAUAUCUCGCACUGGCGACCAGGCUGUCCCAGUGAGGAAGAGAUCGAUGGCAUUUCUCAAGCAGGUCUAUCUACGCCGAGAUGACAACAAAAUUCGUGCGAAGAUUUCAAACGCGCUCAUCGCGCGCAUCAAGGACAACGAUGAGAGUGUGGCCGAGACGGCGUUGUCAACCAUCGAGGAAGUCUGGUUCUCGGCCUUUGCCAAGCUCGUCAAGACAGAACAUGAUCGCUCUGUCGACGCUUCAAUGCAACUACGUGCGCACGCUGCCUUGAUCAUUCAGACUGUCGAUCUUGGGGAUAAUGUCGCCAACGUACUCGAGGAUUUGAUCAAGACAUUGCUGGUCAAGUCUAAGCAGGCAGCUGACAACGUUCGCGUGUGCAAAUCAUUCGUGGCUGUUCUCAAUGAGGGCAUCAUCAACACCGGCGAGAUUCUCGGCCAGCCAGACAAGAGCGAAGUUCUGCGUGCCCUGACCGUGUUUGCCAAGGCUGCACCAAAACUGUUUACCGUCGGCCAGAUUGAGCAUUUGGAGGUCUACACGCAGAAUCUAAUCAACAGCGAUGAUCUCGAGGUAUUCCGCUCCGUGAUCAACAUUCUCCGCUACACGAUGCCGGUCUUGACCGGGCUCGGAAAAGAGUUCCUUUUGAAUUUACAAAGCGCUCUUCUGAAAUCAGCGGGCAAAAUUUCAAAGACUGAGCUGGCCGUCGUCGCGCCUUGUCUCUGGACCAUCGAUACCGUGCUCGGAGGCACUGAGAGACCGCUGCGACUGAUUUUGUCGGCCUUGACCAACCUGAGCGGCUUCUCCAAGGCAGAUCUGACCAAGGACCCGGGGUCGGCGAAUAAGGUCAUCAAAUUGCUUCCUAUCGUCGGCCAACUGGGUAAAGCAUGCGACUUUACCGAGCACCUCAACGUGUUCAAGUCCAGUAAGAGUUUCGAUUGGUAUAAGGGCACAAGUGUACCAGGACUCUUGGUUGAAGUUAUCUGCAAGUUUACUAGCCCUUCACAACCACAGCCUGUGCGUGCUGCCGCCCUCGAGGCGGUCUGCGAGAUCUGCCAGAGCUAUCCCGAGCAUUUCCUGCGCGCAGACGUUUCGAACGCCAUAGAAAUGGUGUUCAAGGAACGCAAUCAGGAGCUUGAGGGCGUGCUGCUCACUAGCCUGGAGUCUUUCUUUGCCUCUGACGACACGCCUUCUGACGAGCAGGAGAUUCUGGGUGUCGGUGUCGAGAGUGGAACUCAGCGUCUUGGUGACACCUACAAAGCUACGGGACAGGACACCGCUAUGGCAUCACUUUCGCAGAGAUUUCUGGGCCAGUUCCUACGAAUUGCUCUAUCGUCGACUGAAGGUGUGGCGCUGGCAGCUGCCCGAAUCGUUGUUCACAUCAAUACACGCGGCAUGUCGCAUCCCGGCAACAGUGCACCUGGUCUGGUUGCUUUGGAAACGUGCCCGACGUCGGCGAUUGCCAAGCUGGCAUUCAUGGCACACCGCGAGCAGUUCGGCAAGUACGAGAAUGUGUUCGAGAAGACACUCCUGAAAGCAGUGCAGCAGGCUUUCGACUAUCAACACAGCAUUGUUCGCAGCGAUGUUGGAUGCACCGGUCAUCCUCCAGUCUCCAAACUGCAUUUUUUCUGGGAAGUUUUGAAAGGUGGCAAACCCAAGAUCCGCACCAAGCUAUUCACCAUGAUGUGUGCGAGCAUGGACUUUGACCUGGCCAAGCUCAACCUCAGCGGCAGCCCACCUCAACACUUGCUGUAUGUGCGGUUCUGUGUCGAGAACCUUGCGUUUUUUGAAUCUGACCGAGCGGACGAGCUCCUGCAUUUGGUCUCCUGUAUGGAGAAGACUUUCCACGGCACUGGAUCUUCGCUAGCACAGGCCAUCGAAAGCGAGCUGCUCAAGUUGGACGUUCCGGUACAUUUAGCAUCCGAGCCAGCUGCUAGCGAUCCAGAUGAAAUCGCCAUAGCAAAUGCAAGCGCGAUGAUGAUGGCCCACGUGAUGCCGGAGGUAAGAUCAAUUGAUUCGAAGCGGCUCCAACAGCUUUCCGUGGCUGCACAGAUUCUAUCACUCAUGUGGGAGACCCGCUCUUUCCUGCAUCGAUACUGGAAUUUGCAGAAGCACGCUGGAAAGCCUAAGAACACGGCAAAGGAGGCCAUAAAAGCUCCAACCAAGGCUACCAACGCGCCGACUUUGAUUGAGUCCUAUCAGAAGCGGAUUGGAAGUAUUAUGAAUGCAGAUACCACGGAGGAAGGACAGCGAAACACUUGUAUCUCCUUCGUCGACCUCUUCUCGGUCGACCAUGAGGUCAAGGUACCGGAUGGAGAGGAAGAAGACAUUGCUAUGGAGGAUGGCGAAGACAGCCGCAGCGAAGGCAGCUCUGCGAAGAGCCCAGGCCCUACACCGCGUGGCAAGAAGCGCAAGUCGCUCGAUGCAGGCUUCAGUGCUUCCAAGAAGCCAGCAAAGAAGCGCAAACCGAGCUCGGCGAAGGUCAUGGGCGACGAUGACGAGGAUGGGGAUUGGAACUAA